AUGAGCAAAGGCUGGGGAAGGCGGUGGCAGGAGGGCCGUGCGGGUUCCCAGCACCUCCGGGUUUGGGGCCAGGCGCAGAGGACACACUGUGCAUGCUGCACGCGUGAGCGUGUUGUGUGCGUGACUAAGGACCCCGCCUGGGGCCACACAGGUGUUAUUCAGCGCUGCACUGCUGUGAAGUACCACUACACCUCUAGCUCGCUGCCACGCAACUUACCCGUCAAUAUUACCAACACCAUCCGGCAGGAUGAGUGGCAUGCGCUCCACCUGCGGAGGAUGACAGCUGGCUUCAUUGGCAUGGCAGUCUCCAUCAUCCUCUUUGGGUGGAUUAUUGGUGUGCUGGGCUGCUGCAAGCAGCAGGAGCUCAUGCAGUACGUGGCCGGGCUGCUCUUCCUAAUGGGAGGUACGUGCUGCAUCAUCUCCCUCUGCACGUGCGUCGCGGGGAUCAACUUUGAGCUGUCGCGCUACCCUCGCUAUGUCUACGGGCUGCCGGAGGACAUCAGCCACGGCUACGGCUGGUCCAUGUUCUGCGCCUGGGGAGGCCUGGGCCUCACGCUGCUCGCUGGGUUCCUCUGUACACUGGCCCCCUCACUCAACACUUCUCGGGCACCAGUACAAAAACCCAGACAAGAAAACGGGGCUGUGUGACCCCUGAGGGAACGAGGCGAGACUCUGGAAAGCGCAGCCUGGGCAGAGCUGUGGGUUAACACCGGGAGGCGGUGGCACGUCAGCGCGCGGAGAGCGGUGCCGGAGCUAUGCAAAUACCAGCCUGGGGUGCUGCGACGGACUCUGGUCUUAGACAUUGCAAGUAACUCCAGGUUUGAAUUAUUGCUGAUUUGCUCAUUGACGGUUUAAAGGGGACAGUUCUUUUGUUUUGUUUUAUUCUCUUCUGUUUACAAGGGAUUAAGUUCAAGGCUGUGGCUUUUUUUGUGCUCUUUUCUGAACUGUAC